AGCCCAAACCGGCCCAAGCCCAAGCCGUUGACAGCUGCUUCCUCCUCCGCACGCCACGGCGAGUUUCUUUCCGACAGACCCCCGACCUCUCCUCUUCUCGCUCGCUCGCCGCGAGAUCCCGCGCGCAAGCCCAACCCAUGGCGGUCGGCAUCGGGCUCCUGCUCAACCAAGCCACCCGCCUGCCCCGUGCCCCCAUCCACUCCCACGCUGCCUUCUCCGCCGCAGCUGCAGCCGCGGCGGCGGCGGCGGCCGUCUCCUCCUCCGGCGUGCCCCUCUCCGCGCGACACUUCUUCGGUUUUCCAGGGUUCACUGUUGCUCAUUGUGAUGCUAGUGCAACAUAUGGAUUGAACGAUACUCCUGAUCUUAUUAAUGAUCUUAACAGCAAGAUAUAUGACUCGAUUCAUUCGCCAAUAAAGGAAUACCCUUUGGAGCUGAAGCCGCUUUAUUAUGCAUUUCAGUUUAAAAUUUUUGGUGUGACAACCCUGAGGGCCUUUUUAUUGUACUAUUUGCCGCUUCUUGAACCUCGUCCACCUAGUGAUGAUGACGAGGAUGAUGAUCUGCUUCAAGAUGAUUCAGAGAGGCCGCCUGUCGACCUGGUUACUCCCUUCCACAAAUCAUUGAAGCAAAUCGCCCGUGAGACUUCAGUUGUAACAACAAGACGUGUAUUGGAAAGGAUCACGGUUCGUCAUGUGUCGCAACGAACAGCAUGGAAGUAUCUAAAAGAUGCUGCAAAAUCAUCAAAGAGGAAAGCUAUAAGGGGGAUGCCAAUUCCAGAAUACACAUACUGUGUUGCCAGAACAACUUUCCGAACUCAUACAUUGGGGGUAGCUGCUGCUUGGGUUGUACAAUCUAUAGUCCAGGUUUACAAAUGUUUCGUUCGUAAACCUGAUAGUGAUGAUGAUCAGGAAUUGUUUGAUGAGAUGGAGAAAUUCAGAUUGUUUGGGAGAAAGAUCUAUAGUGUAACCAUCAAAUGUGGUUUCUCUUUGGUAUUUGCCUCAAUAGGAGCAGGCCUUGGUGCCCUCCUUCAUUCACAUCAUGGACAGUGGAUUGGUUGUGUCCUUGGAGAUUUAGCCGGACCAGUUAUUGCUAUCCUUGUUUUUGAAAAGCUCGGGUGCCCGCUAGAAGAUUGAAAAACCCUGGUCAUUGGACUAUGCAUCCGUCGGUUCUUUCUCCCGUUGAAGAACAUGAUGUGGCGCUGCUUCGCCUUGAGUCCUGCCCUUUGGGGUAUCUACGUUGAUCUAACCUGGAGCUCACACUUGAUGAAUAACUAGCCAUCACCUCUGCCAUGUGCAUGGUUAAUAGCUUCUUUGUGACGCAUGAAUGCCUUCGGGCAUCAUGACUGAGAUGUUGAUACUGGCAUAUGCUUUGUUACUCUGUCUCAGAUUUUGAGUUUGUUGAUUGAUCUUCUAGCAACUGUAACAAUGAUGAAGCCUCUCCACGACUGGAUGACUACGUCACAUGAGUUAUUUGAUCUUGAAUUGACAAAUAUUUUGAUUUUUUACGGA